AUGUCCAACUCCACCACCAAGCCCAAGAAUAAAGCAAAGGAUACCAAAACCACUGACCAAAACCCCGCUACCAACUCCAACUCUCACUCGGAAUGGAUCCAGUCCGCUCUACUCAUCAUCCAAGCCGGCAGAGAAGCCGAACUGCAGCACCGCCAGACCGUGGCGGACAUGAAAGCAAUGACCGACAUGCUAGACAUGCAGGCAUCGUUCCCGGCAACCAUCAUGGCAGUGUCGGCCCUGGUGCGGGAUAACGAGAUGAAUGUCGCCGGGAAGGCGUUCAUCGAGAGAGUGCUCUGGGAUACUGCAGACCAGACCCAAAGCGCGCACGGGCCACACGUCAACAAAGCAGCGUCUUCCCUCGCGCCUCGCCAGCUUCCCCGUCAUCCUCGCUCCCCCAUUAUCCCGUCGCCCUUUGAUGAUCCUGGCCCACGUGGCGCCCUCUUCAAUUGGUAUCGGCUCUCCAAAAUGAAGCCUUUGAAGCCUUUCAAUCCGGCUUGCGAUCGCUGCCGCAUCAAGAAGUCAGCGUGUGAUCGCGUCAAACCAGUAUGUCAGCGAUGCACCAACUCAGGCUGGGCUGACUCCUGUUUUUACCGGACAAAGGGUAUGGCUCCGGUGCAGAACCGGAAUCCCAAGCGCGUGCAGACGCAUCACCCGCGGUCUUCGCCCAUGGUGGUGAUCCAAUCGCCAUCUAAUGUGGAUUCGUAUAAAAAGGAGGACGUCUCCAGUAGGGCCGAUUCAGACGAGGAAGAUUCAGAUUCAGAUGAUUCAGAUGACCCGCGGGCGGCCAAAGCAGUCCCCGACCAGGAUGGGCAACACAAUCCCGUUGUCAUCGAUUUGUCUUCAUCCCCCUCAGAUGAAAGCUUUCACACAGCUAUUCUGCCCCGGGAUCCUCCCUCUACAACCCGCGAUCCGGGGUCCCGAUCCUCCCGGCUCACGGGGCAGAAGAGGGCAAUCCAUGAGCAGGUGAGACAGCGGAUACGCGAUGGAAUCGGAGAAGACUCUCCGUUGGCACGACGCGGCUUGGUCCGCCCUAAUCGCCGUCUCUCUCUCGCCUACGAUCCAAAAUGCCGCCAGUCGUCUGAACAAAUAUCCCCCGAUCUCGCGGACCAUCUCGUGGCCGCCUAUCUGGCUCAUGAGUAUGUGAAUCUGCCCAUCUUCGACCUGGAUCAAUUCCACUCGUCCUACAGCGCGAUCCGAAUGGGACGGAAUAUAGCCUCGGGGUCUACUCCGUUCCACGGCCUCCUCAUUACGAUAUUUAGUCUCUCCGGACUGAGCUGGCACGACGUCGGGGAAACAGACAUUGCGUCUUUGUUCAAUUACGGCCAGUCGGUCUCCCGAGAUUUGGACUCUCGCAGCACUCUGACUGAGCGAGCGCAGGCCUGUAUCCUACAGAGCCAGUAUCUUUAUGCUAGUGGAAGCCCAAGGGCGGCUUUGAUCUCGAUUGGUUCCGUGGUCCGAAUAGUACAGGUCCUAGGCUUGGAAAGUCGGACUCAAGAUCAAAACGCCCGCCGAAUACAAGACAAAGAGCUGGCCCGAAGAAUCUGGCAUAGCGCUAUGCUUCUGGAGCGCAUUAUUGCGCUCCAAUUGCGACUCCCUCCACAUAAUUCUCAAUUACCUCGUGUGUCGCUGCCUACUCAUAUGGAAACCGACUACGCCGAUGCAAUUACGAAGGAAGUUCCCUCGCCGGAUGCGGAGCGCGCAUCCAUCAUUGAAUUCUUGGCGGCCAGUGUUGGACUCUACGAACAUGUGGAAGAUAUCUUGACGUGGGAGGAGGAAACACAAAUGCGACAGGGAAGUUGUGCUGCGAAAAAGCUACUUUGCUUAAACUUCAGCCCGUUUGCUCGUUUGGAUGGUGCGCUGUAUCAAUGGCAGACAUCCCUUUCCCCAAGGCUGCAGAAGCCAGGGCUACAAACGCGGCCUACCCAUCCCAUAAUUCAUCGCCAGCGCAGUAUAAUCCGCGCGCGCUAUCUUUACGUUCGCCUACGACUUUAUCGGCCUCUUCUAAUACUAGGACUGGCAGCCUGCGAGAAAUGCAGCUGCCAAGUCGGCAGCGGCCCUCAUUUCGUGUUGAAGGAAUCCUCCCCCGAUUGUCCAAUCGCGCUCACCGUGGUCCGAGAUUCUUCUCUCAAGUGCAUUACAGCGGCACUGGAACUCCUGAAUCUCUGUGAGCGCGAGCAAGAUUCAAUGCCUCCCUGCUGGGAGAACAUAGACUAUCUUUAUGCUUGCGGGACCGUCUUUCUCGCCGCUCAAUCUUGCCCUUUUGUCACCAAUGCUUCGCCCGAUCAGCCCGGCCCGGAGGAGAUGGAAUUAUCGCUAGGUCGCGUUCUGACGCUUCUCGAAGGAUAUCAAAGUAUGCAGUCCAGCGACCGCAUCUAUAACAUUGCGCAGCGGUGUCGACGUACGCUGGAAAGCGUGUCGGGAAUAAUCGAGGGAUCGGACGAAGCAGCCGUUUUCGGCGAGGAUAACUCUCGUCGUCUUCUUGAGCGCAUGAAUAUGUGCUCCCCUCAUAGCCAAGGCGGGAACACCCAAAGCGAUUCGAGUCGACUUACACUUUUUGGUUGGUUGAGCAGUUUACCUAACGAUUUGACUGGAGAUUUGGAAUAA